AUGAGUAGUACUAUAAGAUCUGGUACGCAUAUAAUGGAAUAUCCCAGGCCAACAAGUCUGGACCAGGUCAGUUUUCAUACAGAUUCUCCAGAUGAACAAAUUGACGAUAACAAAGUUCUUAUAAGUUCGUACUUACUUAAGCGAUCAUCAAAAACACAUCAAUGGAAGAAGAAAUGGGUGGUGUUGAGAAAUUGUCAGUUAAGCUAUUACAAGGAUUCGAAAGAGCAUAAAGCAUUGAAGGUAAUUGGCAAGUCCAAUUUGUUAUCAUUCAGUACUAUUUCUGAUAACAAAAAGUUCCAUUUUGCGAUUUAUACGAAUAAAAAAGUUCUACAUUUCAAAUCAGUUGAUGAGAUAACAUAUAAUAAUUGGAUUAAUAUAUUGCGACGGUUUUAUGAUGAAAAGAGUCAUAUUGACAGUGAAGCCGUUAACCUAAUAAUGCAAGAACAAAGAUCAAAACAAGCACAAGGUUUCGCGAGGUCUUCAAAUGAAAUGGAAUAUUCUGGGGAUGAACCGCUUUCUUCGGGAGCAUCGGAUUCAACUACACCACGCACGCAUGGUACUCCUGUAAUGAAGCCAUCAUCUUCGUUCGCUGACCAUCCAAACGAAGAUGAUGAGGGUAAAAUUAUCCAUAGAGUGACAAAUUUAAAUCUACACGAUUCAAUUCAAGAUGAAGGCGAAUACAUUCUUGAGCAGGGGUAUUUGUUCAAGCUCCGGAAAAGAUACAGCCAGUGGCGGAAAUUCUACUUUAUUCUAAGUAAUAAGAAUUUGUAUGUUUACAAGCAUCGAGAUGAUAUUAGUCAUGUUCAUAAAGUCUUCCCUAUUGAUGAUAUAAUAGAUGUUAUAGAACUCGACCCUUUGUCAAAAACAAAACAAUGGUGCUUCCUUAUCAUUACCCCAUUGAAACGAAUGAAGUUCAGUGCAUCUAAUGAAAACGAAAUGAUCAAGUGGCUAUCCGUCUUAAAAACCUUAAUCAAACAGCGAAUACAAUAA